AUGAUGACUGUACUCCCCCGUCCUACCACUGCGACGACCAGUAAGAAACGCCGUCGUAGCAUCGAGCCCGUGGACUCGAGCAAGAUCCUGGCCAUGCCAUUGAACAUGGCUCCGAGUCCCGUGCUGCAAGAAUCGGCUACAACAGCGACUUCUUCUUCUUCUUCUACCGGCACGAACCGGAGCGAAGAGCUCUUGCGCCGGAGCCUCAUGGGCCUCUCGCUACAGCUCAAGCUCAAGAUGAUCCUCGUCGAGGCCUGGGCUUCCGACAUGAACAGCGUCGUCAUGGAGCGCAAUCUCUUUGCCGUGGCCAAAGAGCUGGCGAUUUUAAGUGAAAUGGGCGUCUACGAGCCCCACACGUGCGUGCGGUUCUUGGAACUCGCGCGGAACCGCAUGUCGCAGCUAUUGGAGCAGACGGAGCGCCACGAGACGCUGCACAUGGAAGCCGAGCAGAUGUGGACGAUGGCAGUCAUUCAAGCCCAAGAAAUAGUGACCUCCCCGCCCAGCAGUCCGUCCGCUAUUAGUGAAUUCCCGCUUUUAAGCGGCUUUGACGCCAGCAGUCGGGACAUUUCCGUGCUCUGGCGCGCCAUGUCCAUUGCACGGGACCGUGGCGCCCAGCUCUGGCACGAGAACAAACCGGAACAGGCUCUGCCGUUCCUGCUUGCCGCUGAUUCGUACAUGAAGCGGUUCACGCUCAAGUACCAGCGCUUAAAAGUGGAUCACGCUAUGGUGGACACGCUGCAGAAACCGCUUGGGGGAGGAGGCAAGCACAAGUCUGUGCGUGUCUCGUUUGCCGAGGAACCGCAGGUCAUGGGCGUUGCUGACGCCGAAGUGGAUCGAACGCCCAUCUGCCCGACGAAACCGUCCAAGCUCGAGUCGCUUUUGCUUCGGACAUCGCGGGAGUUCCCGACCCCGCCCUUUUAG